AUGGAAGGGGAGCCAGACACUGAGGCAGGGGCUGGGGAAAAGCUGGAGUGCCACAGGGAACGGGCAGAGCACGAGUGGAAGCUCUGGCAGGGAGGACAGGUCAGGAACACGCUGCACCUCAUCUCUGCCGUGGCUCAGUGGAUUUUACUGCUUGCCUGCCUGAUUUACCUGGGGGUACAUUUUCUGCAGCCCACAAAGACCCAGAGUGACAAGGUGCUGUGGACCCACAUCCGCUACACAGGUGAAAGCACGGAAGGAGCAGCCGUGAACCUGACCGCGGAGUUCGGGCCCAUCCAGGUCAGGAACGGCUCCGUCGUGGUGCCCUGCGACGGCCUGUACCUCGUGUCCCUCAGGAGCUUCAUCUACCAGCCCAGGGAUGGGGUCAAGCUGAAGCUGACCCUGCAGGUCACACAGAAGACGACCAGAAGUGUCCCGUGGGAGGAGACUGUCCAGGGCAGUGAGAGCAGGGUGAACCUCAGCACAGUGCUCUACCUGUUCGAGCAGGACAGCAUCACGCUGUGGACCAGCUCCCACGCCAACAUCUCGGACCUGACCUUUAGCCUGGUGUUAGUAGGUGAGAACAAGUCCUAGCUGCAGGAGCUGGAGUAUGAAGAGCAGCAGGGAAAGCACAGCCUUCCCCACCGAGCUGUAGGUUUUGUACUUGUCCAGGCAGACUGCUCUAGAACCCCUCGUGGGGCUGUGGAGGGCCUGGGUGGGAGUGCAGAUGAACCACAGGUUUUAUAUAGUGCACGCAGGAUUCGCCUCUUUGGAGCUCUCUGCAGCUGAUUUGCUGCCCAGGAUGGAUCUUUCCAACCCUGGGGAAAGGGAUGCGUGAAGCUCUUUUGAGAAGAACAGAAAUGAAAGCCAAAGAAAGUCACCCAAGCUUAGCUCAUAUUCAGAGAAACCCCGGGUUUCCCUAUUUACUUGACAGUAUCUGUAUAUAGUAGAAAUGUGUUGUGUUUUUUCUCAAAUAAAAGUCUGGUGAGUCAGGAAGACACCUCAAGUGUCUUGAAGCCAAUUGGAGCAGGAAGAGCACAAAUCUGCCCAGCAAGAUGGAAAACAGGGAAGAGGCAGCCUGAAAUGCCUUUGGAGUGAGCCAGAUAAAGGCUGUGUGAGAGGGAAGGGCCGUGAGAGAAGGUGGUGCUUGGAAAUGAGCUGACAGGACCGCACCGGGCAGCAGGAGCACUGACUGUGGAGUUUUGGGGAGAGCCUUUGAGAGCGGAGCCCCACUGGCUGUUCCAGCUGUCUGCAGAUCACUGAUGCCUGUGCCCAUCUGCUGGGACAUUCAGGGCCUCAGAGGAAAACCUCCUUCAAGCACACACACACUGGCUUGACCCAAAAGUGAUCCAGGCACAUAAAAAGUUGGGCAAACUUGUGGUGAGCUCUCUCUAAUGGACCAAGGGGAAGCUGCAGGUCUGUGCAGCCUCUGCUCAGGGAGGACUCGGAUGGUUCUCAUGCCUGCCCUUGGCUUUGUCCCACAGGUGUGACCAGAGAUUCCCAGGCACAGCUGCCUGCUGCUGCAGUCAGACGUGUCUCAGUGACUCUCCUGCCUGCUCUGACUGCAGCUGCUGGAGACAGGUCCUGCCCAUGCUGCAGGCAGCCCCUGACCCCAGCACAGCCAGCAGCUGGGGCAGUUUUGCUUGCAGCAAGGCAGAUUUUAACUACCUGUCAGUUUUUGACUUUGUGUCUCCCAAGGAACUCCAUUGACAUUUCAGCAUGUCACUGCUGGCUGCACGCUCCAAAGUCUUUUGUUAGAAGUAUUUAUGUAGUUAAGUGAUGGGCAUAAGAAUGUUACAUCAGAUUGCUUAGAAACCCUGGGAAGGGUUCAGAGCAGAUUGCCAGCACCAAACUCCUCUUUGAAGAUGCUCCCAAUGCUCUGGGCUGUUCCUGCUUUGCAGACACCCAGACCUGGACUGAUGCACUCAUGGCUGAGCACUCCAGCAAGCUCAGGUGCUGCAGGCAACUAUGGACAUCCUCCAGGCCUUGGAGAGUUUUCCUGGGCUUUAGGCUAAGGAGCUUCCCUACCUGGCCAGGCUGGAGCCUCAGGGGAAACUGGCUGAAGCUUUUCUCCCCUCAUCUGAGAAGCUGUGGCUGACUUGCACCUACAGGAUGCUCAUCAUUAAGAGAUAUUUUGGGCUUUAAACUCUGGCCAUGCUCACCACCAGUGGACUGAAGGAAGCUGCACCCUGCCCCGAAGCUGGGGAUUGUCACUCCCCAGCAGAAGUGAGAACGUGUUUCUCUUCCUAAAAAAUAAUACAUUUUUCCUUUGUAGUAUUUGGGCUUGUAGUGUCCCUUGGAGGCGGGGGCUGUGGGAGAAGGAGGUUGGAAGUGACUGGUGAAUGAUACAUUCAGUGUUUGAGCAGACAUUUUCAAUGGUAUGGAAACUAUAUGACAUUUUCACCUACUUCCUUUUUUUAUAGUUCAGCUUUUGUUUCAGCUCUCCAUGAGGGUGUGCAGGGCUGGUGCUUCCCAGCGUGUGCUGACACUGGGCAGGCCGUGCCUGUGGUGUGUGCAGGGGUGCACAGGACAGCAAGAAAGAUGAAGCCUUUCUCUGAAGAGAGCACAAAUGGAUUUGUUGUUUGGAAGGCUGCACCCUUUCUUCUUGUUUAGAGUAGGAGAGGACAUUUCACUCACUGAUCCCACUGCACUUCCAGGCUGAACUGGACCGAUCUGCAUCUAUACAUAUACCUGCACUUGUCUUGAAAUAAAGGUUGAAACAAUUCAA